GGAAGCCUCCGCUGCUGUCUGUGCCAUGGAGCCUCCACCACGGCUGUCGCUCUACACUCUCCACGUCCACAACCGGAGGCAGUAGAUGGACAAUUAUGUACGGUACUUUGUGUGGUCACAUCGCGAGGCUGUGCGAAGCUGGCCAAGGAGACACCGGGGUGUUGUUUGUCUCCUGCUAUUCGCCUCCUUCGUGACCGCCCAGUGUCGCGUCGUCUGUUCUUGAGUCAGCCCAUGAGGCGCUUUCACUUCGCCUCGACAAGGCGAGAAUUCGCGUCACCUCUGCCUCAGUCAAGCCCGGGUAUGGGAUCAGGACUGCAUAGCGAUUUCUCCAUCGCACUCCAGCAACUACUAUAAAGAACACCAGACGUGCCCGUCCUCAUCGUGCAGGAAUUUCCUCUUGCCGUCAUCUUCAUUUACUCUCUUUGUCCCGGCCUGCAAAUCACCUUGCUAGCUCUCAUCGCAAUGGGCUCCUGUUUCUCGAAGCCACAACCACGCCGUGGUCAUGAACCGGACUUUGGCCAUGUCCCAGUCGGGAAUGCUUCGCACACCAUAAGGGAUGCGCAUGGCGGCAGUCAAGCUCCUCUCUUUCCUCUGCCAGACGAGGCUUUGCCCGCAUAUCCGGUCGAAGAAAGAUCGAAGGCUGAUAUCAUCCGCCUCGUCCAAGAGGCCAACAAGGAGAACGCUUUCCGGCCGCUCCAGGAGAAAGUAUACCAGGUGUACAUGGACGAGAACCACAAGCAGGACGCUAAAGCCCGGCGUUGCAUAAAGCUCGUUGGUGCAUUUCUCAGGCUUCUGGCGGUAGCAUACGGGUGCGAGAUGAGCUUCUUCUUCACCAGCUACAGCAACAGCGACGGCGUCUACGUCUCGGAGGCAAAGUCCAAGAUGGCCGAGGCGCUGAAUCAGCUUUUCAAGACUUCAUCCUGGGACGGAGCUGUAGCAAUCGUCGAAGACUCACAGACUCUCCAAAAUAUGGGAUUUCAGGAGUGGAUGCGGAAACUCGUCAUUGAUGAGAAAAACAAGUCGGCCAUGAAGCGUAUGUCGGAUGUCGAAAUGCACAACCGGCUACUUAACCACGUUCGGGAGGAAAAGAUCGGGUUUUGGCAAGGCUGGAGAGCUAAAGAUCUGACACUCGAGAAGCUCGUCGCUGUCUACGACACGGCUGUCGAGGAAGCGCGGGCCCAGCCGAAACUCCGGAAUAGCGUUCGCUUCACCAUUGAGCGGUCCAUCGCAUUGCAGUCGCGGUUGUCUAACGACGAGGAGUCGCAUCCUACCAACGUCAUCUUGCUCACGGCAUCCCCCUUGGAAAUCAAGGAAGCAGAACUGAUUAAAAAGCAAUUGAAAGCCGUCAAAGGAGGAGGUUCCGAGUUUUCCAUACAGGUAGUUCUUUUCGACGGCAAUCUGUCAAAAGAGGUGGCGAAAUAUCAUCGCCAGCUAGACGAGCAACAAUCAGGCGACAGAGACAUAUACAGUACUAUAUCCUUCGACGAGGCUAAGCUGCUUGGCGAAGGCUUGAGCUCACUUGCACUGAGCACAAUCUUGAACGGUCACUCCAGAGAAGUCGCUCGAAGGAAGCUCAGCGCGGACCAAAAGUACGGCAUCCACGGGGGGGCCACAUUCAAACUCCCAGCAGUGGCCGAACUACAAAAAGCUCUUGGACUUGAGACAAGUCGUUCCGAGGAACAAACUCCCGUAUUUGGCGAUGAACAGGCGCCCGUAGUCGACUUGAAAGAGGCUGGAGACGGAAAGGUCUAGGGUCAGCUCCUGUCUACCGUUGGUGGGGCCGUUGCGAGCACCAGAUAGUAUUUGGACCAGUACUGGCCGUGAUCCUGGGCGUAGGUAGAAAUUUAUUCAGUGAGAGUGGAUUGGUUUCUUUACUGGUUCGGUGCCUUUACGCAGGGCAGGAACCGCGGGAACGAUCGAGCUUUGUGAGCAAAUAGAUAUCUAGCCAGCAGUUUUGAGAAAGACCUUCCCAUUAACAUGAAGCUCAUAAUCGGAUACUCGUAUGUCGUGGACGCUCAUCGCCGUUGUGAUAAUUUGGACCACCCAG